CCUUCCGCUGGGCGCACGCGUGCGCGCUCCGCUCAGGAUGCUGGAUUGUAGGUGAUGAUGGCGGAAGAGGAGCUGCGCUGAGUUUUCUCCCAGUUUUUUUUAAUAGACCCCUAUAAAACGCUCGUCAGCAGAUCGUGUCUUUCUCCUCCGUCUCACUCAGAGGGACUAUGGGGAAUGAAGCGAGCCUCGAAGGAGAGGGGCAGCCGGGGCAACCGGGAGGCGCUGUCCCCGCGGCUGGAGCCCCGGCUUCCAUUUCAGCACCAGCGGGCGGUGGACAGCUCCACAAGCCGAGCAACGGAGCGCCUGCCGGGGGAAUGGGCACCGCACACGGACCAGGAAUGAACAGUAUCCAAGGCAAACCCAAUCAGACAGACCCGAGCAUGGGACCCAAACCUGGGGGUCCGCCAGGUGCAGGACCCGGGUCCCGGAGCACCAACGCAGCCUCAGGGGCCGGCAGCGCUCCCACCUCGCCCUAUUCUUUACCCCAGAUCGCACCCAUGCCCAGCAGAAAGCUCUGUCCGGUGUGCAAGACCGCAGAUCUGACGGGCACCACAGACGGCCAGCCAAACUGCAGUACAUGCACACAAUGCCGCUCCAUGGUGUGCAACCAAUGCGGAUUCAACCCCAACCCUCACCUCACUGAGGAUGCAGCGGAAAGACUGAGCCGGUGUUCAGAGAUGCAUGUGUGGGAGAGCGAGAGGGUGCACGGCUGA